AUGUCCCAGGGCCUGCCCACCGCUCGGUCCCACUGCUUAACGCCUUUUGGAGCCGCAACUGAGGCACACCCGGCGGCGGAUGAUAUGAUGCCAGGCGUAUGGCCUGGCCAUGCGAAUGCCCUCACGGUCGCGCGACCCUCUGACAGGCCGCUUGACGCAUUCGCCCCCGAAUUGGACCCGAGCAGCUUCCCCCCGCGGUCCUGGCUCCGCUUCUGGUAG